AGAGGCGCCUUAAGCCACUUGGGGUUCAGCCUAGUGAUAGGGAGUGGGUGACGUUAAUUGCUGCUAUCAACGCCACAGGGCCUAGUAUUAUAACCCUUAGGAUUAGAGAAUAGGGGUUAGUAAUAAUAGAUAGACAACAAAUGAGCUUAGGCUUGCCUAGCUACAGCACUUUAUUAAGCACACAGAGGUUAAGAAAGUAGGUGGUUACAGACUACUAAUUCUUGAUGGCCACGAGAGCCACAAGUCACUCGCCUUCCAGGAUCUUUGUGAGGAGAACAAUAUCAUCACCCUCUGUAUGCCCCCUUACACCUCACACAUCCUUCAGCUGCUUGAUGCCUUCUUAAAGGACAAUAUCCUAUCAAGCUUUAGAGUAACUAGCUUAGUUCUAGAUAACCUAGAGGUGGUGCUAUUAAGGCUUGAAGUAAAGCCUUGUACACUAACACUACCUUUACCCAGGAGUACCCCUUAGCAGCCUAAAACACCAAGCAACGCCUAGGAAAUAGAGGCUUAAACAACGCUAAUUCUUAAGAGGAUAAGGGACUAUAGGAGUUCCUCACCUAAGUCUAUUCUUAAGAUAGUGCUGCAGGUUAAAAAGGGGUUAACUUUAAAGGUACACUUACACACGUUGCUUGAAGCUUAGAUAGAUAGUCUUGAGCAAGCAAAUUAGGCUGCUUCUGAGCGUAAAAAGCGUAAGAAGAAGCAAAUAUAGAAGGGGGGGACUCUAUUACAGGUAGAA